AUGUUUCUUGUAGUCGAUCAGGCUGCAGGUUUUGUAAGUUUGGACUGUGGUGGUAAAGAUAAUUUCACCGAUGAACUUGGCCUUGUGUGGACUCCGGAUAGUCAAAUCAUCUAUGGAGAAGCAACUAAUAUUUCUGUAGCAAAUGAGACAAGGAAGCAAUACAUGACACUGAGAUACUUCCCCGCAGAUAGCAGAAAGUAUUGUUACACACUUGAAGUCACAAGUAGGACUAGAUACCUUGUAAGAGCGACCUUCUUGUAUGGUAACUUUGACAACAAUAAUGUUUAUCCAAAGUUUGACAUCUCCCUUGGGGCAACUCACUGGGCUACCAUAGUCAUUUCGGAUGCUUAUACAAUAGAGGUUGAAGAGUUGAUAUUUCUGGCUACAAAUCCUACCAUUUGUGUAUGCUUGUCUAAUGCUACGACUGGGCUGCCAUUUAUCUCUACACUUGAGCUCCGGAAAUUUAAUGGUUCCAUAUACCUUACUCAAUUUGAGAACCAGUUCUUUCUUAGUGUGUCUGCAAGGAUAAAUUUUGGUGCGGAUAAUGAAGACCCUAUCAGGUACGCUCCAGAUUUUCAGAUUAGAGAUGUUACGGUAACGGGGUAA